AAAAAAAAUAAAAAAAAAAUAAAAUAAAAUAAAAAUAAAUAAAAUGGCUGAAGAAAAAAAGACAGAAACAAGGCCUAUUGAAAAAGAAGAGAUAGCCUCAAUAAAAGUAUCAAAGGUUAAUGAAGAAGAAAUAAAGGCUAACGAAGAGGAAAUAAAGACAAAUAAAGAAAUAAAAACGAAUAAAGACGAAGAAGAACAAGAAGAAAAAAAGACAGAUUCAAAUGAAGAACAAACAACAAAUAGUUCUUCAUGGACACCAGUUUGGGAUGAUAAUGCACAAGCCUAUUACUGGUGGAAUACUGAAACAAACGAAACAACUUGGGUUAAUCCAACAGAAUCUAACAACCCUUUAGAUUUUUUAUUAGAUAGAAUUGAUAACGUUGUUAAAAAGAAAUUAGAUGGUCAAGAAACAACAGACGAAGAUCCGUAUGCAGCAUCACAAUACUACAACAGUCAAUAUUCAACAGCUUAUAAUUCUUCUUAUUAUCCAAAUGAACAAAACGAUAAUCGUUAUACUGCUCAUGCUCAUUUUAAUGCUAGAACAGGACGAUUUACAACAGAUGCUGAAGUGAAUCGAUUGAAUCCUGAAAUGUUAACUAUAGAAUCACGUGCAACUAGACAAAUGCAAAAUUACUUUGAUGUGGAUAGCUAUACAGAGCAACGUAAUGCUCAAAUAGCAAGUGGUAGAGUGAACAAGAAGAAACCUCUAACACGUAAAGAAGUAGAAUAUUUUAAAAAAAUGAAAAAAGAAAAGAAAUCAAAAAGAGCAAGAGAAUGGUUAUUGCAAUAAUAGAUUUAACUUUAUUACAUUUACACACAUGAUUAGUAGAAUGUUAUAUUUCUUAGUCAAAUAUAUACUAGUUUUUUUUUU